ACGUGUUGUGCAGUUUUUUGCGUUGAAAUUUUCGGAAUAAAUCUAAAAAUUUCAGUUUUCCGGCUAAAAUGAUCGAACUUUUUUCGAUUUUCACGAAAGGAGGCGUCUGCCUGUGGAAUUAUCAGGAAGGCGAUUAUAACUUCACGGAAGCCAUCAAUAAUGAGCUGAUUAAGGGAACACUGAUGGAAGAACGUGGAAAUAGUGGACAGAAAAAAGUUGGAAAUUAUACAAUGAAAUUUCAGCUUGAUAAUGAGUAUAAUGUCAUUUUUUUGGUAAUUUAUCAAACAAUUGUGAAUUUAAAUUAUGCGGAAAAACUGCUCAAUUUGGUCGUUGAUAGCUUUCGAGGAGAGUUUUCCGAGAAUUUGAGAGAAGAAACAGCUCUAACCACUCCUCCGUCGAAUAUCUACGGAAAUUUCGACGAAACCUUUCACGAAGUGCUCUCAGAAGCUGCAAAAAGUGCUCGUGCCACUGAAAACACCGUCAAAAAGCCGAAAACGUUCCAAGAAUCUGCAAAAUCUCAAAAAACCAUCGAUUCGCUGAUUGUGAGCCGCCCGGGACAGAAAAACGCCGAAAAAUCCGCGAAAAACGCUGAAAAAACGCCGAAAAAGCCGGUGGAAAGUGCCGAAGAAUCGUCUGCAACUGAUUAUAAUUCAGCAUCACCACCUGGAAGCCCGGAUGAAGAAGUUUUACGUAGAAGGGAUCAAAUGUUCAAGAAAAUGAGUGGAAAUACGAAGAAAAAAGGCCCAGAAGAGCCUACUUCACCUAAGCCCAAGGGAAAACAAGCUAGAGUUUGGGCUUUGAGUGGAAAACCGGCUGACGUCAAAAAUCUCGAUAGAUCCGAUCCGAAAGAGAAUGACGAAAAUGCCGCCGAUGAGGAGAAAAAUCGCUUCGUUGAGAGUAUGAAGGAACAAAUUGGAACACUUAAAGGAGAUUUAAAGUCACUUCAGGAGUCUGAUGAUGAAGAUGAAGAUGAUAAUGAUCAGCAAGUUGUAAAGCAGUCUGGCGGAUGGUUCAGUAUGAUUAAAGGACUUGUUGGAGAGAAGAAGCUUAGCGCUGAAGAUCUGAAUCCAUUAAUUGAAAAAAUGAGAGAAAAUUUGAUUUUGAAAAACGUUGCUUCGGAGCCAGCGGAGAAGAUCUGUCAAUCAGUUGUGUCAAAAUUGGAGGGAAAAGUGGUGAAUAACUUUUCUCGAGUUGCUCAAGAAGUUAAAACUGCCGUCCGCGAGUCCCUUGUCCAACUUUUGACCCCGAAACAUCGUGUAGACAUUCUUCGUGACGUCAUCGAAGCGAAACGGGACGGUCGACCCUAUGUCAUUGUGUUCUGUGGAGUUAAUGGAGUUGGAAAAUCGACAAAUCUCGCGAAAAUUACAUUUUGGCUCACUGAGAACAAGCAUCGCGUGCUCAUUGCAGCCGGUGACACAUUCCGUGCGGGAGCCGUCGAACAACUGAGAACCCAUGCUCGAUAUCUCAACGAUCUUCAUAAAAACUCUGUGCUCCUCCACGAACAGGGUUACGGUAAAGACCCGGCGGGUCUCGCAGCGGCCGCCAUCAAAAAGGCUGCUGAACAAGAUUUCGAUGUGGUUUUGGUGGAUACUGCCGGCCGAAUGCAGGAUAAUGAACCGCUGAUGAGAGAGUUGGCCAAGCUAAUCCGAGUGAAUGAGCCCGACUUGGUGUUGUUUGUCGGCGAGGCGCUUGUCGGAAAUGAGGCAGUCGAUCAACUGGUGAAAUUCAAUGAAGCUCUGGCAAAUCACGCUUCACCCGGGCAAAAGCCCCGUCUAAUCGAUGGAAUUGUGCUCACAAAGUUUGAUACAAUUGAUGAUAAAGUUGGAGCAGCUGUAUCAAUGACAUAUAUCACUGGACAACCGAUUGUAUUCGUUGGAUGUGGUCAAACGUAUUCGGAUCUGAGGAAUUUGAAUGUUGGAGCCGUCGUUCAUUCGCUUUUAAACUAGAUUUUUUGCUUUUUCUGGAGAAUUUUUGAUGAAAAAUGGGUUUUUCGCGGGGAAAAAUGGAUAAAAAUCGAUUUUUCCGCGCUAAAAUUGAUGAAAAUCGUGAUUUUCAGGUGAAAAAUGAGUUGAAAUAGAUUUUUUUAAAGGCUAGAAUUGAUGAAAAUUGUGAUUUUUUAAGAUAAAAUUUUAAUUUUCGUCAUAAAAUUUACAGAAAUCCCGUUUCUCGGACGAAAAAAAUUACUAAAUUUGCCAUUUUUCACAAAGAUUUGCACAAAAACAGCUAGUUUUUCACCCAAAAAAUUAUUUAAAAUCCCAUAUUUCUCCCCAAAAAUCGUCUAAAAUCCCAGAAAAUAAUAGUAAAAAUCAAUUUUUCUAAGCCAAAAUCGAUAAAAAUCGUGAUUUUCUCACUAAAAAUGUGAAAAUAUCACAAUUUUUGUAUCAGAAACUCUAUUAAGUGAAAUUUCUCACAUUUUUUGUCUCUUUUUCUGCCAAAAAUCUCCUAAAAUCCUAUUUUUCCCAAAAUUUCCAGUCAUUUUCAGCAUUCGCAUAUCUUUUACAUUUCCUCUCGCUAGAACUCGUUGUGAAAUUCCCCCAUCUUUUUUUUUUUGGUAUUUUUUGGUGCCCCUCGUCUUCAUGUUCCUGUAAAUAAAAGUUUUUGUCCCGAAAAAUUGCAAAAAUUAGCAUUUAUUUCGUGCAAAAUCAAAUAUUUA